CACGGAGAGAAUGGGCCGCCUCGGGCAGCGCCAAACGCCGCCACCGGUGACGGGGACACGGCGGGCGCGGCGCCGGCGGGGCGGGAACGGCGCGAAGGGAGGGGUCGGCGCUGGGGGCACCCGGGCGCGCGCCGGUGAGGGCGGAAGCGCGCGCGGCGGGAGCUGCGAGCCCGGCCGGGCUAGCGGCAGCCUUGACCAUGGAUCCCUGCCCCAAAGACGGCGAGAGCGCGGCGACCGCGGAGCCCGGCCGGGGCGGCGGCUCCUCCAGCGGCGUAGUGGUGCAGGUCCGCGAGAAAAAGGGCCCGCUGCGCGCCGCCAUCCCUUACAUGCCUUUCCCCGUGGCUGUCAUCUGCCUCUUCCUCAACACCUUCGUGCCGGGGCUGGGAACGUUUGUAUCUGCUUUCACCGUGCUGUGUGGAGCUCGGACCGACCUCCCUGACAGGCACAUGUGUUGUGUCUUCUGGCUGAACAUUGCUGCAGCUCUUAUCCAGAUCCUGACAGCAAUCGUGAUGGUUGGCUGGAUUAUGAGUAUAUUUUGGGGGAUGGACAUGGUCAUUCUUGCAAGCUACAAGGAACAGGAGAUCCCACAGCAGCUGUAGUGGCUAAAACAAGUAUGGUCACAGAAACACGUCGAGAAAUUUCCUUUGGCAGCUGUGGGCCACAGAUCCUUUCAUUACCCUUUGUCUUUCUUCUUCCUUUUUUCUUUCCUUCUGUUUGAACCUCGUUCAUCUGCCUGUCCAGCGGAACGGAGAUGCAGAGCAGCCGAUGGAGACUUGCACUGAUCCCACUGAGCAACAGAGAUGGGGCAAGCACGGCAUGGGUCAGGACUGGCCCCAGCCAACACACUUUGGGUGGCUGAGAAGAAGAAUGCCUGGAGAAGGAGACAUCCCUGGCAAAGUUGGCGUCUAAGCAGGCAGCUGAGCUGAGCCAAGCAAGCAGGAAAUGCUACUUUCUCUUUCCUCCAAGGGGGAAGUAGCUGAAGAUGUUUUGCCUCCGCUUUAGGCUUACUGUUAGAGGAAACUAGCUGUGAACAUCAGAUGCCAAGGAGAUAUUAAUAGCUCUAUGUACAGAAUGUGAAAGCAAACAAACGGUACUUUUUUUGCCCCACCCCAAGAGUCCAUCCUUGACCGUUACACGGUAGCGGAGGGCUCAGCCCAGCCUCCUCUGCUGUCUGUGUAUAUAUGAUGGUCAAUGAAGCUCUAUCCUUGCAGAUGUCUUGAGAAAUAUGCUUGCUGUAAAUCUUAUUGUACUGCCGAACUCACUGAGGCCUUCCCCUGCUUCCAUCCACUGGCACCAUGCAAAAACCAGCCCUCCCACUGGCCUUUGGGGAGACUUUAUCUACCAAGGGACCUGUGCCCGGCAGCACCUUGCCUCUAGGGUAGUGCGUGUAACCACAUACUGUCAAGAAGCUUUUCCUCCAGUUCCCCGGAAAGGGCUUUGCUGGAAGCGUCUCCAUGAUUUGGAAAGGGAUCCCCUUACAUUGUGGUGUGUGUUCCCAGUUGAAGCAGCAUCCCAGUUCUGCUUCCCCAUGGUAAGUUCCCGAAGCUUGAAAAAAAUAACCUUGUCCUAACCAGGUGCUUGGUAGCAGUCGUGGUUGAAAGGCCCAUGGCCAAUUGGGGUAUGGCUGCAUUUUCCUGGUUUGAGUAAGUGAAGUACAGAGUUAAAUUGGACAUCCAGGUGGAGUGAUCACUCUGCUCCUGGCUGGUGUUUCAGUAGGGUAAGAGGAGCUCAGCCAGGAGAUAGUAGUGGCAGCACCUGGAUGCUUUUCUAUUCCUUAAAGGUGGUAAGAGGAACUCUGCUGAAAGAGGGCAAAACAAGGCUGGUUGCCUUGCCUAGGGAAGGUCCUCCUAGCAAGAGGAGCUUCACACAAACCCCCUGCUAAAACUGUGAGCCACCCAAGUGUGACAGAGCUGAGACCCGCUUCCAGGGCUACAAAGACGAUCAGAGGGCUGGAGCACCUUCCCUACAAGGACAGGCUGAGAGAAUUGGGCCUGUUCAGCCUGGAGAAGAGAAGGUUCGGAGGAGAUGUUAUAGUGACAUUCCAGUACCUGAAGGGGUUGUACAGGAAAGCUGGAGAGGGGCUAUUCAUAAAGGUUUGUGGGGUUAGGACUAGGAGGAGCAGGUAUAAACUGGAGAGGGGCAGAUUUAGACUGGGCAUUAGGAAGAAUUUCUUCACUAUGAGAGUGGUGAGACACACCACGGAAGUUGUGGAUGUCCCAUCCCUGGAGGUGUUCAAGGCCAGGCUGUAUGGGGCCUUGGGCAGCCUGAUUUAGUGGGAUGUCCCUGCCCAUGGCAGGGGGUUUGGAACUAGAUGAUCUUUAAGGUCCCUUCCAACCUUAACUCGUCUAUGAUUCUAUGAUUCCAGCCCUUUGCUCUUGCAGAAGCAUGGCUAGUGGGCAAGGGGAUAGCAGCAAACCCUGCUGCCAUAAGAGAUCUUGGCCUCUCCUAGCAUGACAAUUUGCUUUUAAGGCAACUUUUCAUUUUCCAUACAAAUCAGAUCUUGUCAGUUAAAAAAACUUGUUGCACAGAGAACUGAGAAGUCAAACAGCAGCAAGUCCCCAUAGCAUGCAGGUCUCCUUGUCUGACCAUCUGCAAGUAGAAAGCGCAGAAAUGCCUGCCCGGCUUCAAAAACACCCAGCUGUGUGUUUUGUGUUUAACCCUCCAAAGCAUCAUCAGGGUAUACUGAGCAGGACAGUCACUUGCUGAGGGUGGAGGAGGGACCUGCACUAGUUAGGGUGCCUGUCUGUGAUCCCCCAGGGAGCUGGUGGGGUAGGAAGCUCCUUUAGUGGUUACACCAGCAGGACACAUGGCUUGGCCUCGCUGCAGCCCCACACACUCUCCUGACAACUGGAAACCCACUGUCUUUGAUGCAGGACUGUUCCUCCUGGAAAGUUUCCUACUUGCCCAACACCCACACUUUGCUGUGAGCCCACAGCCUGCGUAAAGCAGGCACCAAUGCCUCGCUGUGCUUCUUCCAGCUCAUGAACUCCUUCUCCAGGGCUAAUGAUAAACCACAAUUCACAGUCCCAGUUAACUUGCAACAGGACAGGACCUAUCCAAACCAUGUAUGUUUAUCCAGUGCAGUGAAAAAGCUGAUGACCAGCUUUUUCACUCCACCCUUCAAUGACUGUGUACUAUAAAAAGCCUUGGGCUGCCUGAACAGAAGAAGUGGGCAGAGUCAAGAGCCUUGGGAGCACCAGCCUUCACUGUAAGCCUGGAAAACUGCUGGCUUGUGCACUUGCCCUGAUCUCAGUAGCCUUAAUCAGAAGAACAAAUGGAACUCAUAUAGUAAGGAUGCAAAUUUGUAACACAAACAACCCAUUGUAAAUUUUAUCAAAUCAGACUUAGGGCAGAGCAAUGUAUUUUGCAGACAUUCUCUUUGUGCAUGUGUGGGUACUACCUAGUGUUUGAGUGUAGCUUGCCUGAGCUAACACACUCAGCUAAAUACCUGCAAAACUGCACAAGCCCCGUGGAGCACAUGUUCUGCAGUGCACACAGGCUAUAGGAGAUGUGUUUAAACUGGCUCUUCGGCACAUGCUUAGCAAGAAGAGGGGAAACAAGUCAAGGCAAAAUGGAUUUGUGGAAGACCCUUCAGAUUAAGUUUAAAGCAAUAUUUCACAAGUCCUAGCUGAAUAGUAACAGUAAUCCCCUGCAUCUGUACAUGAUAGACAGAAAUCAUUAUCCGUGUUGUACAGCUGAGAAACAGCAAUAUGCAGUGAGGUUAAAUUACCAAACUCCAAAGCAAACCCAUGGCAGAACCUGAAAAGAAAUAGCAGGGAUAACAAAUCAGAGUUCAUUUACUUCCUUUGCUGAAUCACAGCUGGAUCCAGCUCAUCUUUUAUGGUCACCCCAAGAAGCCCACGGAUAUGUUAAUGUGCUGCUUCACCUGGUACAAACAGCUCAAGCAAGGCUUUAGGGCUUGAUUAAUAACUCAAGCUGCAUUUCUCUUACCUCUCACCCUGAACAGUGGCUCAUACCGCUGUGCUGGCCAGCCAGAAACGUAUUUAGCAACUACUUGUACUGAAAUGGGGGUGCUGAGCACAGAUUUUUGAGCUUCUCCUCAGAAAGCAAAGGUCCAUAACGUGGUGUAAACAGGAAAACUUCUCAUUUGUAAUUUUGUAAUCUUCCUUAUUGUAGAGGAAGAUGGAUUAAAACCAUCAUGUUUUAGACACAUGUAGGCCACACAACACAGGCAGCAGUGCGUGUCAGUGGGUGCCCCUUUGUUAACCAAAGUGCUCAAGGGGAAAAAUAACGGAGUUAUCCUGCCACAAUGCAGUGGUGUUACCUUGCUUUGCAGAAGAGAGUCUUGCAAGGCAGCAGAACUUUGAAAAGUCAACUCCUAGUGGUGGAAAAAUGAAACCUAAGAGACAUCUGACAACUGCGUUAAAGCAAAGGGAAGAGUUCCUCAAGAUUAUCAUUGCCGCAGCAACCACCAGAAGGAUUUGUACUCAUUAUGGUCAACAAUUCCAACUCUCCUUGACCAUUUCUACCAACAGGACCAGUUAAGAGGGUGGUCUCUCAGUGACCUGUGAUGUAGCAUCUGCAGCUGUGCCUUGCAGGACUGUACAGUUGUUACAGAAUUGAGAUUCAGUAUUUGCUGUGAGACAGAGAAGCUCUGCUCCUGCAUUUCUCACCUGGGGAAAACAGGAUCCUAACUAGGAGCAAACAGGGAAACAGUAGCACAGCUGGAAAACACCCUUACAGACUGCUGCUGUGAUUGAUGGGAGGUCUUUUAUUGAGGUUUGUAACUAGUCAUCAAGCCACAAAAACAACCUGCUAGUUCAGCCGCAGCAAGCGAGAUGAUCCAGACCAAUGGUUACCCCUCACAUCUGCCAAAACAGAAGAGCCAAUUCAAGCACAAUCUCUAAAUGCUGCCUGAGCAUUGAGUUAGUUGUGCUGUGGCCUUGGGAUGGAUAUGCAGGAGCCUUUGCAGACAUGGUUAACAAGUUCCCCUAAGCCAGCAGGUGGAGGUGUUGAAAAGUUACCAGGCAAAACCUUUGAGUGCACACGUUCUGGAACAGGAGCAGCCAAGAGUGGCUUAAGAACAACUUGUUCUGGUGCCUGUGAAGAUAGAUUAACUUUUAGAAGAUGGAUUUAAACUUUUAGUGGGCAGCUGGUGCAGGAAUUCUCAGUUUGGGGAGUGUUAAACAAGCUGACGUUUCACUGGGCUUUAAACUGCCAAAAGUCAUGUGUCCUGUAGCAUCAGAUGUCAUACCAGCAGCAGAUGCCCCAUCCCAGAGACUCAGCUCCCAUACACAAUGUCCCCAUGCAACAUAUAGUGGCAGGAUUCACUCCUUAUCAGCAUCACCAGGGUUUUGCUGGCCUUUCAGGCCACAUUUGGUGCUGUCUGUCCCUGUACUCUAGUAAGGAAAGGAAAAUCAGAUAAGCUGGGGAAGGGCUUAUAUGGAAGCCCCAUAAAGUUUUCCCAUCCCCAGGACUGCUCUGGGUCUACUAGAGAGAAUUGCUUCACUUACGUCUGUGUGCUGGCUACAUUUAUUGCAUGAGUGAAUUUGGGUCCAGCAACAUUGUGCAGGAGAGGUAUGGGAUUUAUAAUUUACUUUCAGGUUUUGCUCUAUAAUUUUUUUCUUAUUUUUGACCUUUUUAUCAUAUUGGUGAAGCUGAGAAAGCAGCCAACACACCACUCUGGAGGCUCCAAAAUCUGCCAAAUGGAUACCCAGGGCAAAAGGCCAUAUUUCUGCCUGUCACAGGGAUUUGCUUAGUUGAUUUUAAUUAGCACGAGAUAGAUUUCCAUACUCUGCCUUAGGACAGAAGCAGCUUUAUAGAUUUGCCUUGCCAGGAUGAAGCACCAAAUUGCCUUUUCCCCAGAACUGCCCUACUGCAGUAAUAUUGAUGAUUAAAAACCUCUGCUUUUUUUCCAGUAGUCCUGAUUUAAACCAGUACCCUCAAGCUCCCCUCAGCCCAGAUGUGUACAACAGCAUGCUGUCAUGCAAUGGUGAGCCCCUGAGCCUGAUUUCAGGUCUCCCUGUAGCAAGUAGUAGGAAGAUAUGGGCUGCAGUAAGCUCAGAGCCUAAGCUGCAGGAGAAGGGUGGAGAAGCAUAGGGGACAUAUGAGAUUUCAAAUCUUAGUGGUCUACAAUUUGUGGUGCCCACUAUUCAUGCACUGGUGAGAAAAAUCAUGCAGUGAAAACACAGAUAUGAGUGUUACUUUGGAGCUUUCCCCCUCAGCAAUGCCUAUCUUUCUCUUUAGAGCCAAGAUAAUCACCCAGAGAUUUUACUCCUCUUUUCAGAGCAUCUCAGAGAGAGGUCACCUCCUCCUGCAGAUCCACCAACACUGGGGCUGGAUAAUUUGACUCCCACUUACAGGAGCUGUGCUGCAUCGUACCACUAGCACCUGCCAACCUGUACUGCACCGCCACUGCAAACUGGCCCCCUGCCUCCUCAUCAGCACAGCCAGCAUACACUUGAGCUGGUCGAAAGCACAGGGCACCAGGCUAUCCUGAUAUCAUCUUCCACUUGCAUAAAUGCAUAAAACAUGUAUAAAUACAUGUUUUGGAUGCCAGUUUUACAGCUAAAGAGCAAGAGUAGGUAAUGAAGAAUAAAUGCAAUUGCUUCACCCCCAUCUGCCAAUAACAGUUCUGCCACUCUUCCUCAAAUGUGAAAACCAUGUCUCUCGAUAAAAAGGGCUUUAAUGAAGUAGUUCCUCAGUACUUGAACCUAGUCAGGCUGACCAGAUGAUUUACUACUCUUUGGAAAGCAAUUCCAGGUAGGAACUAAACCAAAUGUGGUUUUGAACUGUGUAGCUAGUUGUAAACCAGUUUCCUUCUGGGUCAGCCCAAGCAUUUUGAUAUAAAGGGGGUUAAUAUUUUUUCUGAGUUCAUUGGUGUUGCCAAAUCUGUACUUAAUUGUGGGAAAGGUGCUAUGGAACAUGGCCCCUGCACUCCUGGCCCUUUGCCUGUCUGACCACGGUUGCCGCAGAGGUUUGGCAUCGCUCUCAACUGUGGCACAUGCCUGGCAGUUGCAGCCGGGAAGAUCAAUGGGCAUUUAUGCUGGGAACAGAUCUGGCAUGCAGCUAUGUGGUAGGGAGUGUUAGACAUGUGAGGUGCCUCCAUCUGUGCUGCAUCCUGUGGCUCCUGACACAUAAAGCCAUAUGUUCCUCCCUGCGUGCAUCAGUUGUCACAUAUUUCAUUAAAGACCUUUCAGUUCUGCUGGAAAUUGGCCCUUGCCAUAGUCUUGUGACACCAUGGGUGUUACAUUGAGCUCCAUGGACAGGAAACUGAAGUCACGGUCUCGUUCUUCAGGGGGUUGUAUUGUUUCACCCUUGCCUUGCCUCCUACUUGUUUUGUGGUGACCCUGCAGUUCAUGUAUGUGCAUACACUCCAGUCAGAGUACAUUUUAUUACUAUUCAACCCAAACUACAUCACCUACAAGACACUACAAAGAGUUCAUAGCCAUUUAAAGCUCAGACACAAGAGGAGCUAAAAUCUUGGUUAGAUCCAACAUUUCUCCCAGUCAAAAGCAAUGGCUUCUCCCAUGUGCUUGCUAACCAUGGCAUGAUAAAACAGCCCUGUAUUUUCUAGCUGACUUCUCUCCAUGCUUACACGCACAAUGCACGUUCAGACAGCACUACAAUUUAUCUUCCAAACUGGCACAGCAUUUCCAUCCCACUGUGGGGUGCUGUAAAAACCUAGGUGACAGUGGUAUCAGCUGAGUUACAGUGAAUCCCACAGGAGCCCAUACCACACACAAAGCCAUCCUUCCUCCUCGUCAUCCAUGUGCAUAACUAGAGCCAGGAUAAAAUUCAGUCCUGCCUCUCUUGCACCCACCCACCAGCCAGAGGGAAGCAACACCCCCACAUCUCCUCGACCAAACGGUGCAGUGGGAUGUAAAGGCUUCGCAUAGAUUCUAGGACCAGCAAAUAGAGAGUAACCCAAUCCAUCUUCUGACUCUAAGGAUGCUUUCAGCAGGCAGGUCAAAAGCAAUGGCAUAUUUGGACUUGGGAUCAAAACAGGGGCUCACAUCAACUGGCACUGCCUGGAGGCAUGGGCAGCACUUUUCCAAAUAUCCAGCAAGCAAGCCCACCCUGACUUGCGUCCCCCCUUUCACCCCCAGACCAUGUACAGACACAGGCACUGCUCCACAGGCUGGGAGGGAAUAAGUUGUCCAUCACUGUCACAAGUCCAUGUUUUCCUUUGAUUUGGCUGUGCUUGGGUGUGUUGGGUUUUUCCACCCUUGGAAGGAGGGAACGGGUGCUGUUUACACUCAGGUGGUGGGACCACCUUUCAUUUUCAUGCCAGAGCCCAAAUUGAGGGGUUACAGAGGACCAUCUGUAUGCCUAUUUAUAUCGUCAAGUAUUGGAUUGUGACUUAUGGCGUUUUGAUAAAACGAAAAAUAAAUGAAGUGUGAAUUUAACACUUCCAGAAGGUACUGCACUGGCAGCACUGCAAAGGGCAAUGUUUUUUUAGCCACAGAUCCUUUACAAAGGGAAACAGCAUCUGUAGCAUCUCUCUGCCUUGCUUCUACAGAUUCACCUUGCUUUUCCUUCUGAAAUGGUGAUUUGUAAAUGGUGAGAUGAGAUGUCAACUGCAAUAUGUUAAAAAACAAGAUUAAGACCAAGGUAACGAUAAUGAUCUUUAUCUUAUUGUCACCCAGAGUCGUUGAGAUUGACCACUUAGAUAUGGCAACACCUUAAUGACUCUCGGUGGGAUUGAUCUCAUCCCCCGUGGGUAUGAAAUGAGGUUCCACGCUUUAGCCUGCUUGUCACGUUGAAAGAAUAUGAAUACGAAUAUGAAAACACCUUGGUGUAUAUAAAGUUCUCUGAAAUCACUGUUGGGCAGAAGCACUCUGAGGACGAAUCCUGAGUCUUCUCCGGCAUUGUAUAAAGUGUACCUGCCUUAAUGGUUAAAUUAAACUAUUAAGCAUAAGUUUCUUUGUUUCAUUUCUCCUGAUCCCUUAUCCAACCCAAACUCCACUUUUGCAAGAGAAGCAGCUGUUUGUAUAUGUCCCUGCAGGAUAAUUCCCCAGAUUCUUGUUAGAGGAAGCAGCAUAGAAAACACCUCAGAGCAAAAGCAUCGUUUGACAGGGAGGGCAGCUGUUAGAAAUUAAAGUUUUUGCUUUUUGUUUUCUGGCUCCAGUCACCUGAUCAAGUAAAUAAUUUUUUGCCUCUGUUUCCCUUUUUGCUUCUUUGUCCAAGUUGUUUCAAGUGUAAGAUUUUUACAUUAGGGAAAGUGGGUUUGAACACACUGACUGUGGGAGCUGACCUCAGAGCUUGCAGGAC